AGGUUAAUUAUUAAAAUUAGAUUUCUUUUCUAGUAUUAGUAUUCCUUUUAAUAAAGUGCAAUAUAUUAAAGAAUUAAUGAAAUAGAUUGUUUCAUUAAUGUGAUGUAAAUAUAAAAAUUAAAAAAAAUGGAUGUAAAGAAUGAUACAAAUAAACAAAUGUUAGAAUUUGAAUUGCCACCUAUUUGGCCCGAUAUUAGAACUGAAUUAAGGGAAUAUAUAGAAUGUUUGGAUAAUCUUCCAAUAUAUCAUUUGGAUAAUGCACAAUGUUAUUGGCCAAGAAAACCUGAUAUUCUUUCUCUUUUGAAUUGUGAUAUAGCACCGCUUGGUACUACAUUAAAAUUUAAUAGAGAUCCUGUUACUGGCAAACUUGGAGAAAUGCAUGAAGUACCUUUGAAAUCAGCAGGUGAAACUGCUAGAAAUUCUAUGUCUAUGACACGUGCACCAGGUCCACCUUCUGAUAUUAUUAGAGGAAAUACUAGUAAUAUUCCAUUUUGGCCGGGUGGUUUUGAUGAACCUGAGAUGAUAGUAGACUCAUUAAUAGAGGAAAUUGACUUUGAAAAUAAUUUAAGAACAUUAGCAAAAGGAUUUAGUGCAGGUAUAGAAUUUAAAAGUGAUAAUUAUACUCCAAAAGAAAAGACAAUACAAGAACAAGAAUCAUUGGAAUCAGAAAGAAAUGAAAUUGAAAGUACAGCAGACAAGAUCAAUUUAAUGGCUAUUGUAGAAGAAGAACAAAAUGAACUUGAUUUUUGGAAAUUCGAAACAAAAAAGAUAAAGGAAGAAACAAAAACCAAAACUUCAGAUAUUUCAGAAUCAGCAUUUGAUGAAAUUACUUCAUUAUUAGAAGAAAGAGAUAUACCUAUUUUAAAUAUUUCGGAAAAACGUGUGGAAACUAUAACAGAAUGGGCAGAACAAUUAGAUGUAUCUGUUCCACUUACUGAUUUUGAAAAACGAAUUCCUGAAUUAGCAAUGAGCUUUCCAUAUGAAUUAGAUAUUUUCCAGAAACAAGCUAUUCUUAAAUUAGAAGAAGGUUGUAAUGUGUUUGUUGCUGCACAUACAUCUGCUGGAAAAACAACUGUAGCAGAGUAUGCUAUAGCAUUAAGUCAAAAACAUAUGACAAAAGUCAUUUACACGUCUCCUAUAAAAGCACUUUCGAAUCAAAAAUAUCGCGAACUUAAAAGAAAAUUCGAAAGCGUGGGAUUAUUAACAGGAGAUUUACAAAUUAAUCCAAAUGCAUCAUGUCUUAUCAUAACCACGGAAAUUUUACAAUCUAUGUUAUAUUGCGCAUCCGAAGUUUUAAGAGAUUUAGAAUUUGUUAUAUUUGACGAAGUGCAUUACAUUAAUAAUGAUGAACGUGGUCAUGUUUGGGAAGAAAGUGUAAUACUUCUACCACAAACAGUUACUAUAGUAAUGUUGUCUGCAACUGUGCCAAAUCCUCUAGUAUUUGCUGAUUGGGUUGGUCGUACAAAAAAAAAAAAGACAUACGUAAUAAGCACUCUAAAACGACCUGUACCCCUUCAACAUUAUUUAUAUACUGGAACUGAUGGUAAAACUAAGGAUGAUAAAUUUUUAGUAUUGGGUGAAAGUGGUCAAUUUUUAUUAGAUGGAUGGUAUAAAGCAACAAAUUCUAAAAAUUCGAAAAACCAAGUAAAUAAAAAUAUUAAAGAUGUUAAAAAGAUAUCUAUACAUCAACAAAUGACUCCAAAACAAGAACAAGUAUUAUGGAGUGCUUUCAUAAGUCAUUUAAAAACACAAAACAUGUUGCCUGUCGUUGUUUUUAUGUUAUCACGAAAACGAUGCGAUAUGAGUGCUGUAUUGUUAAGAAAUGUCGAUCUUACAACUGAGACUGAAAAGCACACUAUUCGAGCAUUUUUUCAAAAUAAUAUUCGGCAUUUAAAAGGUACUGAUAGACAAUUACCACAAGUGCUUAUGAUGCAGGAAUUAUUAGAAAGUGGAAUUGGUAUCCAUCAUAGUGGUAUAUUACCUAUUCUGAAAGAAAUAGUGGAAAUGCUUUUCCAAACUGGAGUUGUAAAAUUAUUGUUUGCAACAGAAACAUUUGCAAUGGGUGUUAAUAUGCCAGCGCGUACUGUAGUUUUCGAUUCUAUAAAAAAAUAUGACGGUAACAAUUUCCGAAUACUUUAUCCUUCUGAAUAUGUACAAAUGGCUGGCCGAGCUGGUCGUAGAGGUCAUGAUACAACUGGGAUGGUUAUAAUUAUGUGUCGAACAUCUGUGCCACAUUUUAACGAAUUAAAAAAUAUGAUGUGUGGACAAGCUCAAAAUUUAGAAUCGAAAUUUAAAGUAACAUAUUCUAUGGUAUUAAAUCUAAGAAGGCUAAAUGAAUCGGUGACAGUCGAAGCAAUGAUGCGAAGAUCUUUUAAAGAAUCACCAGUAGUUAUAAAUCAAAAUAAUUACAAAAUGCAAUUACAAGAAGUGGAGAAUGAAUUGUCAAAAUUGCCACCUCUAACCGAUUUACAAAAGAAACUUUCCGAUUUUUAUCGAGUAGCUGUUGAUUAUUUAGAGUAUCUUAAAUAUUUGAAACCUUAUUUUUACGAAACACAAAAAAAAGCAGUAAAAAGUUUAACACCCGGAAGAAUAUUACUUAUAUCAUAUGAAAGUCAUUAUAAUAAAUUAGCUUUAUUAUUAGGCACAGUUCAAAAUAAAGGUAAUAGACAAUACAGAGUAUUAGUUCUUAAAAAUUCUGAUAUAUCAAAGACUAUUAAAGAAAUAGAAGAAAAAAAUCAGAAAAUUAAUAAGUCCGAUAAAUGGUACAAUAUUGUUGCUUUAACAAAAAAAGAAAUAUUUAUACCAGUUGGAAUUCCAUCAGAUGAAGUAUUGACUAUAGAUGCAUGGAAUAUAUUAGAAAUAACAAAUUGUCAAAUUAAAAUAGAUUAUAAUUUGGUUUUGGCAAAUUGGGAAAAAAGACAAAUACCUAGAUUUAAAAAUGAAGAACCUAGUCAAACUUAUAAAACAGCAAUGCAAGAAUUAAUGACUCUAUCUCUUAAUGCUUCUCAUAAUUCUUCUAUAUUAAAACCAUAUCUGGAGAUGAAAAUGAAUUAUGAUGUUGAUAGGAAAUUACAACAUUUAUUCGAUUUAAAAAAAGCUGUAUAUGAUAUGAAAUGUAGAGAAAUAUUGAAUUUUGAAGAACAAUUUGAAAUUGUAUACGAACGAAGUGAAUUGGAAAGCAAAAAAAAUAAAUUACAAUUAAAACUUAGUGAUGAAGGAUUAAGUUUGUAUCCUGAAUAUACAAAUGCUGUUGCACUUCUUAAAGAUUUAGGAUAUAUAGAUAAUGAUGAAAGAGUUGCAUUGAAAGGUCGAGUAGCUUUACAAAUGGGAAAUAACGAAUUAUUAAUUACAGAGCUUAUUCUUAAAAAUGUAUUAACUGUACUCCAACCAGCUGAAAUAGCAGCAUUAUUAUCUGCUUUAAUAUUUCAACAACGAACUGAUGUUGAACCAAAUUUAACACCGGAAUUAAAGAGGAGUUGUGAAGAAAUAAAAGAAAUACAUGCUGAAUUAGAAGCUUUAGAACAACAUUAUCAAUUAGUAACAUUACAACCACUAAACUUUGGUUUAGUAGAAGUAGUUUAUGAUUGGGCACAAGCGAAAUCAUUUGCCGAAAUUAUGGAAAAAACGGAUGUACAAGAAGGAAUCAUAGUACGAUGUAUUCAACAAUUAAGUGAAACGUUACGAGAUGUAAAAAAUGCAGCUACUACUAUAGGUGAUCCUGUUUUAAAAGAAAAAAUGGAAGAAGCUUCUACCGUUAUUAAAAGAGAUAUUGUUUUUGCUGCAUCCUUAUAUACUCAAAAUUAAUCGUUUAAUGAAUUUUAUGUACAAUAAUUUAUUUAUAUAUAUAAAUAUGCAAAAUAUUUUCUACUUGAUCAAUAACAGAUAUAUAAUAUGUA